GAGUGGAAGCUGUCCUGGCUGUUGGUUCACGAGCUAAACCCUGGAAAUAAUAUGCGAAAUAACAUCGAGAAAUUCCAACAGAAGUCCAACUAGCUCGUCGGGACAAACAGGAGUCGUAGGAAAAAAGUGUUGAAGAUAAACAGGCGCUGAAAGUCCGGGCGCACUGAGCCAAACUCCAAACCAAACCACGCAUAGACAAACAAACAGACGGAAAUCAACUUUUAUUUUUUUUUAUUUUUUUUUUGCUGUUAUAGAGUCAUCCUUUUGCUGAGGACACUAAACACACCGUUAUAGAAAAGAGUCCGGGAAUGUCCGUUACGCACGCGCGUCUGUAUCUCACUCUGGAUCGGUUCGGUUUGUAGAACCAGGGGACGUGAUUGUGUUUGUUCGGGCUGUGUCCCAAUACAAUAUCAAGCUCGACUCGGAGUGUCAGUCUGGAUGUACAGCUGCGCUAUGUGUAGCCAGUUCUUCUGGUGCGGUGCGCAGUCCGCGCGCGGAGGAUUUAUCUGGGAAACCGUGACGUCCCGCAGUUUGUAACAAAGUUGCUUUAGUGUGAAAACGGACCAGAAACAGAAAAAAGCCACGAUGACCUUCUUAACUUUUUGGAUAUUGUUUCCUCUUUUGGAUGUGCUGCAUGUGUCGGUAUGUGCUGAGCUGGCGCAGACUCGAGCAUCCCGGCUGGAUUGUGUCCGGGCUCAUGAGCAGUGUCUGGGUCGGUAUGGCUGUAGCUCUGCCUUCCGCACAAUGAGGCAGUGCUUGGCGGGUACAGGGGGCAACUUCAGCGCACUCAGCGAGCCAGAGGCACAGGAUGAGUGCAGGAAUGCCAUGGAGUCCAUGAGACAGAGCUCUCUAUAUAACUGCAAAUGCAAGAGAGGCAUGAAGAAAGAGAAGAAGUGCCUGCGCAUCUUUUGGAGUGUCUAUCACAGUUUACACGGCAAUGAUUUGCUGGAGGACUCUCCAUACGAGCCAGUGAACAGCCGUCUGUCUGACAUAUUCCGCCUGGCUCCCAUCAUAUCAGGUGAAGCAGCCUUUAGCAAGGACAACAACUGCCUAAAUGCAGCUAAGGCCUGCAAUCUGAACGACACAUGUAAGAAAUACCGCUCGGCCUACAUCAGCCCGUGCACCAGCAGGGUGUCCACCACUGAAGUGUGCAACAAACGCAAGUGUCACAAAGCCCUGCGCCAGUUCUUCGACAAGGUACCAGCGAGGCACAGCUACGGCAUGCUUUUCUGUUCAUGUCCAUCUGGAGAGCAUUCUGCCUGCUCAGAACGCAGACGCCAGACCAUAGUGCCAGCGUGCUCUUACGAGGACAAGGACAAACCCAACUGUCUGUCCCUGCAAGCGUCCUGCAAAACCAACUACAUUUGCAGGUCUCGCCUGGCCGAUUUCUUUACCAACUGCCAGCCAGAGGCUCGUUCAAUAUCCGGCUGCCUGAAGGAGAGCUAUGCUGACUGUCUGCUGGCCUACUCUGGCCUUAUAGGUACGGUGAUGACCCCGAAUUACCUGCGCUCAAGCAUCAGCGUGUCUCCCUGGUGCGACUGCACCAGCACUGGCAACGGGAAGCCCGAGUGUGACAAGUUCUCAGAAUUCUUCACUAACAACCGUUGUCUUCGUAAUGCUAUCCAAGCAUUCGGCAACGGUACAGAUGUUGGUGUGUGGCAGCCACAGCCACCCAUCCAGCCAACUGGCCAGUCCAGCACUCUUCAGAGGGGACAGGAAAGGACAAAUAAUGGACUGGAAUACCAAGCGUUUGCUAAUGGCCUGGAUCCCAGCAAUGGCCAUCACCUCUAUAGCUUCUGUGGUAACCUCCAGGCACAGAAGUUAAAGGUGAAUGUUACAGUGGAUGUUGUGUGCAUGGACCCUCCUUUGGCUGACCCUAGUAGCUUCAACGCUAUAUCAGGAAGCUCAUCCAGCCUCGUCCACUCUUUUGCCAUCCUUUUUGUUCUCCAACUCUUGAAUUUGUAGCGGCUCUCAGUUCCAGAAAACACGGUUCCUCUAAUGCAACUGAUGCUGUUCUAAGUAUGAUGUCUUGAUGUGCUAAAGCCAGUUUCCUUUUUGAUUCCCAAUGGACCAAAAAAUGGAGCCAGUGUUACUGAAAUGGGAAUAAAAGGUCAUUGAUCAAAAAAAUAAUAAUUUAAGUGGACAUCUUCGUCACUAAAGUAUUUGCUAUUAAUGUGGUAACUCGUGUUGGAAAUAACUUUUGUUUUAUUCAUCCAUGCUGUCAAAAGAAAUUGUGGAGGGAAAUAAGGAUCAUUAAAUGCAUUAAGAUGGACCCCCUACUGCAGCAAGUCCCUUUUGGUUAAUGGGAAAACUCUACAAUUUACAGAUGUUAAUUGUCCCAGAGACAAGUUGAAAGAAACUCAAGCUUGCACUCAGCUGUCCAUGCCACAGCCAAAAUCCCACAUCUCUCAGAAAAGCAUCUGCCUUCUAAUUCAGUUCAUUAGCUCUUUCAAGACGAGCAGUUGUGGUUUCCCCAGUGUGGCUCCAGCAUGGCCCUGAUACAGACUGAGCCUUAGGGCAAAAGCAUGAGACAGAAAAAAAACUAAAACGUCAGGACUGUUUUACAACACUGUUUCUGUUGAAUGUUGCUCCAGUAAGACUUUAAAAUGCAAAUGUUUAGCAUCGGUUGCUUUUUCUGUUUUUAGGAGAAAGAUUAUAUGACCACUGCUGGGUAAAAUAUAUUACCUGAUGUGUUUUAACUGUGUACAUUAAAGUUAAAUGGGAAGCAAAAAAGGACAAAGAUUUGAAUGUUAAAAGCCAUUGAACUUGUAUGAACAAAUUCGCUUCAAGGUUUGAUGAAGUUGUGAUGUCAUACUGGGAUAGUUUUCUGUUCACCACGAUUGUAUAGAGUGGUUGUUUGACUUAGCAGAGCUUUUCAGUCAGCUUGUUCAGUACCUGUCUGAAUAUUUUGCCCUGAUCUCUCUCUCUCUCUCUAUUACUGGUUGUUUUAUUGUCUUUUACAGCUUUCUAUGUAAAAUCUAAUCAGUGGUAUGUUUGAAGUUCCUAAGAGAUCAGCGGUUUCACAAACCAACCAUGCCACAGUCAGUCACAGAGAGCUAAAUUCUUCCACAUUUUGAUGUUUGAUGUCAAGAUUACACUUAAGCAUUGACCCGUCCCUACAUGUUUUUAUGCGUUACCCUGCUGCCAUACGAUUGGCUGAUUAUAGGCAUAAACGUGCAGGUGUUUCUAAUAAAGUGGACGGUGACUAUUUCUAUGCUGUAUGCUAUGUAUUACUAAAUGGUGUUUAAAAAAGUUCUGCAAUCGAGAAUUCGAUUUCUUUUAUCACUCAAAUCGUUGCGUCUCUUUUUUGCUUCUAUAUUAAAUCAAAGCAAAGGUCACCGUACAGAAGGUUGAUGAUUCAGUCAAAAGCACCUCUAUGUAUAAUGUCCUGUAAAAUAAGUGAACAUGGUUUUUCUCUCUUUAAGAUGAGGUGUUCUGAAAAUUUAAGCAUUGUUGUGAUACCGUGAACUGU